GAGCUGCUGGAACCACAAAUACUUGUGGGCUCGGGGGACUGAACUAAAGGGACACCGAACAAAUGAAGAAAUAAAUAGUCCUUGUUGGUCUCUGGGCGUGCCAAUAACCCCUUUCCUCUGUUUAGAACCGUUCAGUGUUUAUUCCAGAGAGUAUGGUGAUUAAGGUAAGUUCUUCAACAACUGCAACGUGCUUUCUCAUAUUGGUGCCUCUGAUUCUACUAUGGACGUGGAAGGUGCUGAAUAUGCUAUGGCUAAGGCCAAAGAGAUUUGAGAGAGUGUUGAGAUCGCAGGGCCUUCAGGGCAAUCCAUACAAACUUGUGGUUGGGGAUGCUAAGGAAAUGGCUAAGGCGAGGAAGGAAGCUGCAAUAUCUCAAAAAUCUGCAAAUUCUCUCUCAAAUGACAAGGACAUAGCACCCCAUCUUUUCACAUUUAUUGACCACAUUGUCAACAAAUUCGGCAAUUACUCAUUUUUCUGGGAAGGUACCAGACCAAAAGUGAUCCUCACAAACAUGGAGCAAAUCAAGGAAGUCUUCAACAAGAACCAUGAUUUUGAGAAACCUCAGUUGAACCCCCUUUUCCAGUUAUUGAGCACUGGACUCGCAAAUUUAGAGGGCGAAAAAUGGCAGGUUCAUCGAAGGAUUAUCACCCCUGCUUUCUAUUUAGAUAAACUAAAGAUCAUGAUACCUAUAUUUUAUCAAUGUUGCGAUGAUUUGGUUACCCAAUGGGAAGGGAUGCUGUCUUCUGACGGCAAAUGUGAAAUUGACGUAUGGCCUUUCCUCCAAAAUAUGACUUGCGAUGUUAUUUCUAAAACUGCAUUUGGAAGCAGUUAUGAAGAAGGAAAGAAAAUUUUUGUACUUUUGAAAGAGCAAGCUCGAACUGUUACGCAAUUACGGACCUAUUACAUUCCAGGAUGGUGGUUGCUACCAACAGCUAUAAAUAAGAAGAUGAGACAAAUUAAUAGAGAUGUACGAGCAUUACUUGCAGGUAUCGUCAACAAACGAGAGAAGGCAAUGGCGGCUGGUGAAGUUCUGAGCAAUGACUUAUUGGGAAUACUUUUGGAAUCAAAUCACAAGGAAAUGCAAGAAAAUGGAAACAAAAAGACUGCGAAAAUGACCAAUCAAGAUGUUGUUGAGGAAUGUAAUGCAUUCUACCUAGCAGGGCAAGAAACCACAUCGGUUCUGCUUGUUUGGACAAUGAUAUUGUUGAGUAGGUUUCCCGAUUGGCAAGAACGUGCUAGGGAGGAAGUGUUGAAUGUUAUUGGAAACCAAAAGCCGGACUAUGAUGGGCUAAGUCGCCUUAAAAUUGUGACCAUGAUAUUAUACGAGGUUCUGAGGUUAUACCCACCUAUAAUGUAUUUUAGUCGAGCUGUGAAAAAGGAUGUGAAGCUUGGAAACCUUUUCCUACCUAAAGGAGUACAUAUUUCCUUACCAAUACUACUGAUUCAUCAGAAUCGUGAUAUCUGGGGAGAUGAUGCUACUGAGUUCAAACCAGAAAGGUUUUCUGAAGGAGUUGCAAAGGCUACAAAGGGCCAAGUCUCAUUUUUUCCAUUUGGAUGGGGUCCAAGAGUGUGCGUAGGCCAAAACUUUGCUAUGCUUGAAGCAAAGAUGGCUUUGGCAUUGCUUUUACGACGUUUCUCAUUUGAGCUUUCUCCUUCCUAUGCACAUGCUCCAGUCACAGUGCUCACUCUUAAUCCAAAAUUUGGUGCUCACAUCAUCUUUCGCAAACUCUAGUGCCAGCCAUUUAGACUUUAUGCAUAAUUUCCUCUAUAGAGGGAUAGUCUCUUUUGAAUUAUGUUGAAUACUACCUUUAGACCCUUAGUUUUAAGUAACAUAUUGCACAUGUCCGAGUGUUCUUUGUUAAUGUGUUAUCGAAGUGCUUCUUAGUAAGUUAGUCAUUGUGAUUACUUAUUAUUGAAUAAAUUUAAAGACAGUUCUG